CUUAGAGCUGCCACAGACUUCCAUGGUGGGAGCAACGCCAGAUCUGUUCUGUUUUUGCGGACAUUUAAGUCAUUUGCCUUAGUGCAAAUCUUCAGGAAUUAUCGACGAGCACGACGCACAAUGACAUCCUGCUUCUUGUAACCAAACACCCACCGCACACUGUGCAAAAGCAACGCGUUUUAGUGCGUGGAUUCGACCAGACCACAGAUGUGCCUUGGAGCGAUAUUGUGGACACGCGUGGAUCUGUUUCCAUUCUGACGAAAAACGAACCGGUUAUUCAGUUUUCCCGUUGUGUCGUGAAGGAUCCAGAGGCUUAGGGUUCCUGGCUGCUGUCCAAGUAGUGCGGCGGUGGGCGUCAGAAUGAUGAAGAUGCGGCACCUGUAACCUGCACUGAGUCUCCAGUUCCGCUGAAUUAAACGCUAUUCAGAACGCUGGAAAACGAGUGUACAGUCAGCUAUUUCACUUCAUGCCCUGACAUGUUAAGGAGCAGGAGGGGAGGAGAUAAAGGACUAGAAAAACCGGUAAGCAGCUGGGAGCCGAGAAGAAUAUGUGAAAGGAGUAGAUUUCAGUCUCUCCAUUAAAACCAUAAGACCUGUGAGCUGGAAGAAAGGAGCAACAGAAAGACGUGAAAAGAGAGUAAUACAUUGAGGCGAGACUGAACACUGCCAUGGAGAAAACAUAAAGGCAAAACAUGAAACCACACAUUUCAAAGGGCUUCUGACUAGCAGCAUGACUUGGACCUACGCGAUUGCAAAAUACAAACACACCUGCAGCCAGCAGUCAUCUGAGGACACUGUCUCUGAUUCUCCAUGCAGUACCAGUAGCGAACAUUUGCAUACAGCCCAACCAAACCCCUCUGCUUUUUCUCUUUUAACAUCAGUGCAAGUUGUUUGAAGAGAUUCCAAGAGCCACCUGCUUCAAUUGUUCUGUUGGGGACUAUGGAAGAAGGUAAAUCCUCAUGGUCCUUCCCUGUUCAUCUCCUGAGGACCAGAUGAGGAGCAUGUUACCCAGCUUGUUACGGGGCCGGCGGUUCUACUGCCGAGAAUGGGCCCUUGAGAAGCUACAAAGAUGCCUAGAGGCGCGAGACUCCAUAAAGAGCGCGGAGGGAACAGCCCGUGUCUCUCCAGGGGUCCUAGUGACUGGGGGCCCGGGCACGGGUAAGACAGCCCUGCUCACAGAACUGGUUUGGCCUCAGUCGGAAGCAUGCAGGGCGGCAGGGCUGGCAUCACGGUGUUUGUCCUGGCACUAUUGCCAGCGAGAGGAUGCAGGCAGUGUUGAAGUGUGGAGAUUUGUCCUGGGACUGGUUGAACAGCUGAAGGAAAGUCCACUUCUGGGACCGAACUAUGUGAAAGCCAUAAGCAGUGCUGCUAUUGCUGCUUUACUGGAGCCCCUCCACUGCCAAAGAGAACCUGAUGACACUUUUAAGAGGGCAGUAUUAGAGCCCCUCUUGUCCUUGACACCACCUGCUCACAGUGUGUUUAUUGUGGUUGAUUCACUGGACUCGGGGUAUUGUGGAGGUAAUGGAGUUGGAGAAGGCUCAAUAUCAGGAGCUGUGGCCACUCAGAGUUCCUCUAUUGCAGAGCUCCUGCUAAAAUACAUACAGCUCCUGCCCCCCUGGAUCUUGCUAGUCUGCUCUGCACGCCGCCAGAACAAAGCCAUUUGCAAGAUAUUCUCAGGUUUUAGGAGGUUGUGUCUGGAUGACUUAAGAAAGCCUGCAACUGUACGAGAUGUACAACAAUAUAUCCUUCGCAGGCUUGACCAGGAUGGGGCUUUGAGAAGACAACUUACACCAGAGACAGCUGAAAUGCUUAAUCUUUUGCACAUCAAAAGCGGUGGCUGUUUCUUGUUUCUUGAGCGAGUACUAGAUGGUGUUGCACAUGGUCUAGUUGGACUUCGAGAAAUUCGGGACAUUCCUGGCACACUGAAUGGCCUAUACCUUUGGCUAUGUCAGCGCCUCUUUCCUCGAAGGCUGUUUGUCCAUAUUAGGCCUUUGCUGAAUAUCCUUUUGGCAUCCCCACAACCACUAACAGCUGAGCAGCUCUAUACUAUUGCCAAAAGCCGUGACUUCUACCUUGGGAUUGGAGACUUCCAAGCACAGAUGGGGGCUCUGACAUCUCUGUUUGUAGAUGGCCCUGAGGGCAGUAAACUCCUCUUUCAUAGCAGUUUUGCAGAAUGGUUAACUGAUGUUAAAUACUGCACACAGAAGUUUCUGUGUUGUGUGAAGGAUGGUCACCUUUCUUUGGCCAUGUCCCUCUCUCUUCGAGCCAGUAGUCUGGGUACAGAGGACACUUGCCAGCUGGCCCACCACCUCCUCAACAGUGGAGUCCAUGAAGGGGAACCAGCCCUCCUGGCACUGUGGUUGCUAUGGACUGGAGUUCCAGCACUUAAUGGUGCCAGAAAAGACUGUUCUUCUAAGUAUACACCUGCAUUAGUUCAGCAAGAUGUAUUACAACUCCUAAUGAAAAGUGGAAUUUACCCUGCAAGCUGUUCAACUGACAAUAGCUCCAGUGUCAGGGUACACUGUGUUGGAGGAGGCGGCAAGAUAGUUCGGCGAGCAUUACAAAGGGAAGACUCUGUCAGAGCACUUCUUGACAGUGGAAUCAGUGUGAACUGUACAGACCCAUCAGAUGGACGGACUUUACUGGCAGCCGCAGCCCAUGCUGGACUUGUAGAUGUAGCAGCAUUGCUGUUGUGCCGUGGAGCAGACCCUUUACUGAAUGACAACCAGGGGCAGACUGCACUGACGCUUGCUGCCAGACAAGGCCAUGUUGGUGUACUGCUGGUUUUGCUAAAGUGGGUGAAGGAGAAAGGGACCAAGAGUCCUGUAGCACAAGCCCUGCUGGAGCAUGUAGACAGUGAGGGAUGGACUGCUCUUCGCUCCGCUGCAUGGGGUGGCCACAAGGAAGCUGUGCGUCUACUUCUGGAAGCAGGGGCAGAGAUUGACGGCUGUGAUUCAGAUGGCCGGACAGCCUUACGAGCAGCAGCAUGGGGUGGACAUGAAGAAAUUUUGUUGACCCUUCUUGAUCAUGGUGCUGAAGUAGACUGCUCAGACCGUGAGGGACGUACUCCACUAAUAGCUGCAUCCUACAUGGGUCACAAAGAUGCAGUGGAGAUCCUUUUGAAUGCUGGGGCCGAUUUGAAUCUAGCGGAUGGGGAUGGACGUACCGCUCUGUCUGUUGCUGCAUUAUGUGUGCCAUCAGCAGCUGGAGGACGAGGGCAUGGAGAGGUUGUAAGCCUUCUGUUAGAGCGAGGUGCCAAUCCAGAACAUAAGGACAGAGAUGGAAUGACGCCUUUACUACUGUCCUCUUACGAAGGGCACGAGGAAGUGGUUGAACUCCUGCUGGAAGCUGGAGCUGAUGUAGAUGAAAGUUCUGGAUCUCAUCCAUCUGCUAUCACUCCUCUUCUUGCAGCUGCAGCUCUGGGGCAUGCUGGCACAGUUAACCGUUUGCUGUUUUGGGGGGCAGCAGUGGAUGGCAUCGACGGAGAAGGCCGCACUGCUCUCUGCUUGGCUGCAGCCAAGGGUAGUGUUGAAGUUGUAAAAGCACUGUUGGACAGGGGUUUGGAUGAGAAUCACAAAGAUGACCUGGGCUGGACUCCAUUGCAUGCUGCAGCUUGUGAAGGUCACAAAAGUGUGUGUGCAAUAUUGACAGAGCAAGGUAGCAUGGCACGUGUGGGUGAGCUUGAUGUAGAGGGUCGGAGCCCUCUAAUACUAGCAGCACAAGAAGGUCACUGCAGUACAGUCAGGCUACUUCUAGAUCGAAAGUCACCCAUUGAUCAUCGUGCAUAUGAUGGACACUCUGCUCUCAGUGCGGCUGCUCUCCAGGGUCAUCGGGAGAUUGUGGAGUUAUUGAUGCGUAGAGGGGCAGACACUGAUGUCCGUGAUGCUGAAGGAAGACCUCUUCUUUAUUUGCUGGUCCUGGAGGGUCAUUUAGACAUGGCCAUGUUACUCAUUGAAAAAGGGGGUGUCCCUCUGGAGUCAAAAGAUGCAGAAGGGCGAACUGCACUACAUGUAGCAGCUUGGCGAGGAGAUCUGGAAGGUAUUGAACUGUUGCUGAAGUAUGGUGCUGACCCAAAUGCUAGAGAUCUUGAUGGUCGGCCUCCUUUGCACUCUGUGGCCUGGAGAGGGAAUGCAGCUGCUGGCAGGCUGCUGCUUAGGGCUAAAGGUCUUAAUGUAGAUCUGGCUUGCAAACAGCAGGGUGCCACAGCCCUUAGCAUUGCUGCUCAGGAGGGGCAUGCUGAAAUUGUGGCCAUGCUUUUAGAGAAAGGUGCAGAACCAGACCAUGUCGACCGUUAUGGCCGCAGCCCAGUCAAGGUAGCAGGAAAACAAGGUAAUUUCACAAUUGUGCGACUUCUGGAGAGCUAUGGCGCAAAGCCCUUCUCAGGUCUCAUACCGUUUACACCUAGUGGUGCUCCCAACAAUUCUUAUCUUUCAGCCACAGUCAAGACCCAAGCAUCUAUUAGUUCAGGAGAAGUGGGUGUUGAUGGAGUCCCAGCCACAUCUUCUCCAUCUUCGACCUCAGUUUCUGCCUCCUGUUCUCCAGCUUCUACUGCAGAGCGUUUUCAUUCCAUGCCUGCCUCACAGACUUCCUCCUCCACCUGCCACUCCCUGGCCACAGUACAGACCGUGCCUGCUGACAGCCUAAAUUUCAUCCAGCAAAUUCAACAACAUUCCCUUCCUCGUUGCCGCAGUCGGCCAUCCACCUUGCCUCUACCUGGUUCCAAUCCAGCCAGUCUUCAGGGCAGAGCUUCUAGGCACAAUCAAAAAGCUGUUCCAAAGAGCAGUCCCACAAAUGAACAGUACACACUCACUGAACUCCUGGACUCAGACAAACCCUUAAAAGGGCUUGGAUACUCGGGGAAUGGCAACUACCUCUUAAAACCUAAAACUCCUUACAUAAUAGAGGAUGUGAUGGAGAAGAACCUCAAACAAGCUGGUGGAGUAGAUCUAAAGUGGAACUCCAUUAUGGCUUCCUUAGGGGUGAUGCCAAACCAAGAGGGCCCAAUUCGACAAACAAAAAUUGGGGAAAGCCCCCCUUUGGGGUACCCACAUUUUCACUUCCAAUCCCAUGCACAAAAAGAGGAUUGGGGAGGAAUUCAAAUGACAUCCAAGUCCCCAACCAUUGACCUUUCAGCUAUUUCCCCAAAUAGUGCCUUAUCUAAUGAGUCUGUCUUUAACAUGACAACUACUGACCCCCAGCUGAAUCUUAAACAGGCAAUUAAGCUGCAAUUUGAAGGGCCAACUAGUGCAGCACUUUACAAGCGGGAAACCCCUCUCUGAGGCAAACCUGGACAUUUAGGAAUUCAAGGAGAUGAGGGUUGUGUGGGUAAUCACUGUACUGUGUGUGGGAGGUGUUAUGAGUAGAGGAAGAUGGCAGAUGAGAGAGUCGUAACACACUAACCUCCACCUCUCUUUAACCCAUUGACCCCAAAGCACAAAAGAAAAGGGAAAGACAUAGAGAGCAAAGAGGAACUGGAGUUCAAAGGCUCAAGCUGUGUACAUUCCAGAGCUUUUGCUCCUCAUGCUGUCACAAAGGGGUCAACUGGCACUCUCCCAUACUCUGUCAUACAAUCACAGGAAAAUGUUUUUACAUUAAGAUGAACACGUAUGGAUAUUUGCUCUGCUUGUGUUAUGCAUUUGCAAAAGUCAACAUAUACAUACCCCAGGGAUUUCUGUGCACAUAACUCAACAUAAAUGACAAUUUUUCAUAGACUAAUGAGCUAUUCACUCUUUCAUCUUCUUACACAUUGUGGCUCCGCAGUGCCAUCUUUGUUUUAUGUUGGCGAAUUAUAAGAGCUAAUAAGAAUGCUGUUGAAAUUGGAGUGAAUCUACAUUUAGAACAGACUUUGGGUGACCUGCUGUACAUUGCUCAGACUCACAGACUUGAACUUGCUGGGACCAAAAAAAAAGGCUUUUUCAAAGCGCCACUGUCACUUAGUGGCUUUAUACUCCAGAUAUGUUUUCAUGACUAAUGGAAGUCAUCAGCAAUGUUUAUGUCUUUUAAAGAUGUGCUAAAUUAAAUAUACUAUUUGUUUCAGAACAUAGAUGUGUCCAUAAUUGCAAUUCCUUAUUUAUGUAAUUUUUUUAAAGGGGUCAUAUGAUGCAAAUAAAAUGUUUCCUUUAUCUUUGGAGUGUUAAAAGCUGUUGGUGCAUAAAGAAGAUCUGUAAAGUUGCAAAGACUAAAGUCUCAAAUCCAAAGAGAUAUUCUUUAUAAAAGUUGAGUCAGCCACACCCUCCUAAACUGGCUCUUUCUAACAUGCCCCCACAUGUCUACGUCAUGAUGUGGGAAGAUUUGCAUAAUGCCACCCAAAUGUUCAUGCAAAGAAAGAAGGUGUUACUUUUAUUCUCUGUGUUGAAUAGAUCUCUAAUGUUGUAAAGAUGCUGCAUGUUUCUUUGUUAAAGUGAAACUACUUUCUUUAGUCUUACAAAAGAGGACACAACUAGAAAUAUUUUGUUAAGUUGUAUUUACAACACUCUUCCAGAACUGUUCAACCCAAAUAUUCAGAUGUGUGCAGCGCAUUUCAUGGUGAAUUGUUUCCUGAUCCUGGGAGAGUAGAUUACAAUGCCGAAUGUUCUGACUCACAGACUGUAAGUACGUUUACAUAUUUAAAGUAUUUGCCACAGAUGAUUCAAAUGCAAGUUUUGAGCAGUGUAGAGUAGCACUUGUUGUUUGUCAUUUCUCCAAUCAAAAAUGCAGACAUGGUUUUAUGUUUACGCAGCGUGAUGGAAUGCAACACGUUAAAAGACAGUAUAAGUCAGAGGUUCUCAAUUUUAGUCCUCACGUCCCGCUCUGCACAUUUUGUAUGUUUCUCUUGUCGCUUCAGAUGUUUGUUCUAUUUAAAUGUAUGUGCCCUGCAAAGUGGACAUCACAGGAUAUUCCUCCAUGAUUCCAUUUCGAAGCUAACGUAUUUAGGGCUGUGCAAAAAAUCGAAUGCGAUUUUCAUGCGCAUCUCAUCAGUAAAGAUGCUUCUGUAAUUAGAAGUAUAUCUCCAGUAUGUGCGUUCAGAUCAGGGUUGCCAGGUUUUCACAACAAAUCCUGCCCAGUUGCUUCUCAAAACUAGUCCAAUCUCGUUUCCAGGAGGUUCCCCAAUAAAAAUUGCUUCCCGGGAUUAAAAUAUAAGUUUUUUGCUUCUCAAAACUAUAUUUCUUGGUAAAAUUCGCAUAUUAGGGGCUGAAUAUCACAUUAUUGGUAUUGUCGCUUCAACCCGCGGACAUGAAAAAAAAACACAGACUUGGCAACACUGGUUGGCAUUUACUACACAGAGCCGUAAGUCACUGCUAAAAUUGCAGGUGAUUCUUUGUCAAUUUUGAAAGCGAUUUUGUGUUAGUUGUUGGUAGACUACGGCUCUGUGUAGUAACUGCUGCUCCACCUGAACCCAUGUUGCCAAGUCUGUGGUUGUUUUUCAUGCCUGUGGUUUGAAGCAACCCCAAUACCAAUAACGUGAUAUUUAGUGCCUAAAAUGCUAAUUUUAUCAAGGCAGCCCUUCCAAAAAACUUAUAUUUUAACCCUGGGAAGCAAUUUUUAUCAGGGAACCUCCUAGAAACGUGCUUGGGCUAGUUUUGGACUAGUUUUGAGCAGCAACUGGCCAGGAUUUGUUUUGAAAACCUGGCAUCCCUGAUCUGAACGUAUGUGCUGGUGAUACACUUCUAAUUACAGGAGCGUCUUUACUCAUGAGAUGCGCAUGAAAAUCGCAUUCAAUUUUUUGCACAGUCCUAGUAUAUAUUCCAUUCAAAGUGCAUUGAAGUGUGCGAUAUGUGAAUUUGAAUUGUAUUUAUUUACAGAGGUAUAUGAUGUCACACUUGUCCAUGUGUGAAGACGUUGCUCAAUGCAAAUCUGUGAAUGAAUGUUCCGAGAAUGAAUCCCCACUGGAUGCAACAAAGGCCUUGUUUUUAAUGGGUUUUUAUGUUUUGAGGACACACGGCAUCAGAGUAUAGUAAGGGGUGUAACAUUUCUGUCACAUGCUUGAAUUAUUCAGCCAAUCACAACGCACUGGAUAGCUGGCCAAUCAGUGAAUACCUCGCUUUUCAGAACGAUGAGCUUUAUAAAAAUCAACUCGUUUCAGAAAGGUGGGGCAUAAAGGAGAAACAAUAAUGUACAUUAUGUGGAAUAUAAUGUUUUUUGAAAACGCCUCUGUCUUUCCAUGUUCCACUAUGUUCUUCUCUCAUCUUAGAUGAGUUGAUACGUACCUCUCCCGUACCCCGUUUUCAGGAGUGAUGAUAUUACUGCACCGAGGUGCUCUUCCGCCCAGACAUUAUAGUUAUAAUUUUUUAUCCGCUUAGACAAUCACUACGUUUUAUUUUGUGUCACUACACUUACUCGUGUAAGUACUCAUGUAACCAUUUUUAAAUAGGGAAAACAUGGAAGUGUUUGGUGGCUUCUAAAUUCAUCCCUGUUUAGAUCCUAAGGAAUGAAUGGUGCUAAGCUAAGCAUAUCAUAGUGGCACGGUGUGCUACAGCGAUUGAGUGCACGCACUGAGACGGGAAAGGUGCAUAUCAGUUUGUUUAAUUUGAGGGACAGACAUAGAGAAAUAUAGAAAAACUGUGGUAUUUUCCUUUAAGACGCAUAAACCCAUUUCAUUACACCAACUACACAAAAUAAUGUUAUUUUUAGCAACAUUAUAUGACCCCUUUAAAUGACACAUUAUGUCAUAUUGUCAACAAGCGAACCAGUUGACCUAUCACCAAGGCAAAUUUUUAUUUUAAAGCUUUAUUCCAGUUGAAUUACAGAAAUAGAUGAAAGUGAGAAGUUACAGAAAAAGAAAGUGAGAAGUUAUGUUCUACAAGCAGUUAUAGAGGAAGAUAUGAACUCCCAUGCAUGCUCAUCAAAGGAUGACUAAAUUUAAGUGGAAAGUCUUGAAAACUUAAAGGAGGUGCGACGGGAGACAGUGAUGUGAAUUUUACAUUUUGCCAUAGGUAAUUUAUAAUGUUUAUACUGUUUUGUAUGUUAAAAUUUAUUGAGAUGCACUAAUUAAACCUGUAUAUGAU